GUCAUCGGAGCGAGAUCACGCAACACCCACGCACAACCAUCGUCCGCACCUGCUCAAGAUCCAGCCGAUAUUCCGACAAAAUGUAGGGAUUUUCGGGAUCCCUUCGAAUGUCCCGCCGGGAAAAGCGAAAAACUGUGGAAAUUUCAAAAAUUUCAGCGGAAACGAUUUUCGUGCCGUUUCCGGAAACUUUGGUGCCGAUGUGAUCGAACGUGCAGAUUUUUAUGUGUUACAAACAGCCUGCUAACCGGAAAAAGGAAGCAUGCUUUGCAUAGUACUGGGUUGUGGUGUGAAGCUACAUUAUUAAAGGAUGUGGUGGCUGUUACUGUCACUGGUGUGGUGGUGCGGAACGUGCGCCGUCGCUGCUCCGGGCCCCGGAACCUGGAAAUGUCCGAAAAUUUCUGACCAACCUGUAGUGGAGUGCAGCUGCGACAUGCCUCACACGUUAAGAUGCACGGGAGACAAAUCGGCGAUGACAAUCAUUGCGAAGACAUUGCGAUCCCUUAACGCUGCUUACGUCUCUCUUUUGGACUGUACACUGCAAAAUGUAACCGUCAUUUCCGGUCCUUUAUUGGAAGGCAUUGCUCUUCAUGGUUUGGUAGUGUCCUCUGGAGAAAUUACAGACAUCGAUCAAUCAGCAUUCCAGGGUUUAGCUUCGCCUUUACAAGCUUUAGGUCUACCGAAUAACAAACUCACAGCAGUGCCUACGCAAGCAUUAAAACCUCUACCAGAAUUGGACCGCCUUGACUUAUCCAGCAAUAAAAUGAAGAGUCUAGAAAUAAAUUCCUUCAAAGGUUUAAGAAACUUAUCAUUUAUCGACUUAAGCGAUAAUGUCUUAACGAAAAUAGCACCAAAUACUUUUGAAAAUCUUCCACAGUUGAAGAUAUUGAGACUGAGAGGAAAUCGCCUCACUAUACAAACGAUUUCGAAGUUAAACCCUCUUCGAACCGUCGAAGAAAUAGAUUUAUCAGGAAAUAACUUAGUGGGACCUUUAGGACCCAAAACGUUUCCAAAAAUGGAAGUUUUAAGAGAUUUACAAUUAUCACAUAACUCACUAAGCAGUAUUAAAAUGGGAGCCUUGCAGGGGAUAAGCAAACUUUCUUCGUUAUCCCUGCAACAUAAUCAAAUUGACGUUCUAGAAGAUCACGCUUUUAACCAUUUGACUUCAUUGGUGAAUUUAGAAUUAGCUCAUAACAGAAUUGUUGCUGUCUCUGGUGCUUCACUAGCACAUUUAAAUAAAUUGACAGAUUUAGAUCUAAGACACAAUUUUCUUCGUGCUUUAACAGCAGACUUAAUUUUACCUUUGAAAAGUCUUAAAAAUUUAAGACUUGAUGAUAACGACAUAUCAAUUGUGGCCAGUGACGCUUUAAAAGAAACCACAGUUCUAAAGCACUUGACAUUGUCCGAAAAUCCUUUAAACUGCGAUUGUAGUUUAACAGAAUUUGCCGUUUGGUUAAACAAUUCAAGUUUGCCAAAUGAAGAUAAAUCAAGCGCAAUAUGUACAACUCCUCCGUCUCUAGAAAACGGAUUACUAAUAGAAGUACCUCUAGAUAAUCUUUUGUGUGGUGAAGACGAACAAGAAACCCUAAUGGCUCCUCUAUCUACACCUUACAAAGCCAAAAUUAAUUUAAACAGUUUUAAAUUUGACGGGGAGUCCAUCAAACUACAGUGGAACGUUGAAGAUGAAGCUUCUCCAUACACGUGUGACGCAAUCAUUGUGUAUGAAGAAGAAGGUGACAGAGAAGUUUUAGUGGAAUCUAAUCCCUUGAAGUGUAACUCCUCAGAUCUUUCCGAUCCAAGAGUAUUAAAUGUUACAGUACCAAAUUCGAUUCAACUACAACACGAACACAGAUAUAGAUACUGUGUAGUACUUUUCGAAUCUGGUCAAACCGAUGACGUGUCUUUGAUUCUGGGUUGUUCCGACAUGAUCCCACUGAUACCAAAUGCGAAGCUUCAGCAUCAACCACAAACGAAUGACUUCUCUGCGAAAUUUCCGAAAGUAUUAGCUAUUCAAGCUAAUCUAACUCACUACGGGAGCUUAUCGAUAGACGUCAAAAUCUACCCCCAGCUCACGUGUGAACUUAAUUUAGCAAUUUUAGAGCAAAGCGCGUUGUUAUCACAAAGAAAAAUAAACUGUAGUGAACCUAAAUACGUGUUCGUGGGAUUACAAGAAGGACCGUAUAGAGUGUGUGCUAAUGUUGUUACACCUGGACCAGAUAUAGAUAUAGGUAAACCUAGAUGUGUGACAGUUUUUAGAAGAGAAUUACGUGGCUUUACAACUCUGGAUGUUAUUUUUGUUUCUGUGUUUUUCGUGUUAUGUUUUAUUGUGAUAGCUUUAAUAUGGGGAGUUCGGCGAGUUUUGUUAAAACCUAAAAUACAAACGCAUCAGUGUUUUAUGCCUCCAGAAGGUGAAGAACAGCAGCAUAGUCGAUACGUUAAGCUUCAAGCUACAACUAAAUUAUAAAAUACGUUAUUUGUUGUUUAAAAAUAAUUGUGAUGUUUUCAAUGACAAGAUAGUGCCAUAUAAAAUAUAGAAUUACUAAGUGCAAAUGUGUCAAUUUUGACUUUCUGAUGUUAAAUAAAUCUUUAUAAGAAUGUGUAUAUAGUCGUUUAACAGUUUAUAAUUACUUGUUACGAAUAUGCGAUUGUUUUAACGGACGUAAAGUAAGUUUUGUUACAAGUUUUAAUUUUAAGACUCGCCUUGUACUUGUGCGUGGUGCACACAUAACUAACUUUAAUUUAAUUACUUUAUGGAAACUUAUGUACUUAGUUUACGUACUAGUUAAUUAGAACUCUUCAUAUAUAUUUACUAAAUCUUAACAAACAUUACUUACUUGAAAAACUGCCAAAUCUAUUUUAGAAAAAUUAAUCGCUGGUCAAUGUGGCAACUUGGAAAUAAUGAUUUUUCAUUAAAAAAAUGCAUUAUUCACUUUUUAGUGUAUAAAAUUGUUUGAAAGAGGUAGAGAAGAUGUAGGUAAUUAAUUAUGUUGACUUUGUUAAAAGUUUCACGAUAUUAGAUGGUUCAUGCGAUAUUAAAUAGUAAAUACCCACACAUUUUUCUUUAAUAAUAAUUUUAUAAGCAACAUUGUGAGUUCUAGUUACCUAAUUAGACUUAUAUUACAGUUUAUUAAAUUAAAAAAAUACUGUAUCAUAAAACCGACAUAGUCAAAAUAAAACUGACGGUGCUAUAUGUUAUUUUUUCUUUAAAUAUUGCACAUUUUUUGUGAAAAAGUAUGAUUAUUCUGUACAUAGUUAAAUUUAUUUGUUAAUUAUAGUCGUUCACGAGAUUCACGCAAAGUAACCGUUAUUAGGUAUAGUUGUCCUAAUAGUCAAGCAUGAAUUAUUCUAUGUGCGAUGAAGUAGUGGACCCUACUUUUAAUAAGUUUUUUUUUAAUAAGUUUGUAAAUAACUGUAUUACUAAUGCUUGUUUUGACCUUUGUUAUUCAUGUUUAUUAAAUAUUUAUGCACUGCCUUGUAAA